AUAUCUGCCUGAGUGUGUGGGUCUUUCCUUUGUGGUCAACAGGAGGAAAAGCAUUUUUCGUUUCCGUUUUGCUGCAAAUCCCCCCAGACCAGACAGUUCUUGGCAAAAUCUCAAAUUCCAUUUCACCAUCCAACAAUGGCUGCUGCAUCUUUGAAGCGACUACAACUCCUUUCCCGCAAAUCCCUCCUCCGUCCACUUGCAGUCUCCUCCUCCUCUCGUCUCUUCAGUACUAGUCCUACUUUCCCUCCAGUGAACUCCUCUCUGUUCGACCCCGACAACUACGGGAGCAACGGCUCACCCAUCCAGCAAUGGAUCAAACCUUCCUACGCCCACGAAACGGAUGAGUGUCUCAAGAUAAGGUCGGACAUGCCAGGGGUGGGAAAAAAGGAAGUGGAGGUGCUGGUGAAAGGAAACCAGCUGACUGUGAGAGGGAAGCGGGAAUUCAAGGAGGAGCUCGGUUUUGAUUGGAUGUACAAGGCCACCUACCAUAUAUCGGCGGACAGUUACAAUCUGAAUAAGAUUAAGGCCGAGAUCAAGAACGGUGUGCUGAAGGUGGAGGUGCCCAAGGUGAAGAAUGGCCACAAGGGAUCCGAAUCUGGUGGUGAGUCCUAUGUCGCUGUUGACUGAUGUUGCUGAUGGAUAUCUUUUGCUUUUUGAUGAACAUGGGUAGUACUACAUAUAUGAUGUAAAUGAAAUGGGUUUUAGGAACUUCGGGGAGGUUUUUUUUUGGGAAUCUAUACAUGUAUCUAUGUGCAUGGUGUUCUUGUUGGGUUCUUGGAGGGUGAUCAAACAGGGUAUUAUGGAGAAAUGUAGAGGAAUUUUGUUUUUAUUCUUAACUCCGUUAUUUUGUGAA